AUGGCUGCUCUUCGAUCUUCUUCCCGACUCGUCGGAGCCUUCUCAAGGACGGCUGCUAUCCGACCUGGCGCUGUCUUCACUCGUUCCAUGGCCUCGGUCAGCGAGCCUCCCAAGGACUCUAAUGCCAACCUCAAGUCUUUCCAAAUCUACCGAUGGAACCCCGAUACCCCCAGCGAGAAGCCUCGUCUUCAGACCUACACUCUGGACCUUAACAAGACUGGACCUAUGAUUCUCGAUGCCCUCAUCCGAAUCAAGAACGAGCUCGACCCUACUCUGACCUUCCGACGAAGUUGCCGUGAGGGUAUCUGCGGUAGCUGCGCCAUGAACAUUAACGGACAGAACACUCUUGCUUGCUUGUGCCGAAUUCCCACUGAGGCUGCUUCCGACGUCAAGAUCUACCCUCUCCCUCACACCUAUGUCGUCAAGGACCUUGUCCCUGAUUUGACACAUUUCUACAAGCAGUACAAGAGCAUCAAGCCCUACCUUCAGCGCGAUACCCCUGCCGAAGACGGCAAGGAGUACCGACAGACUAAGGAGGACCGCCGCAAGCUCGACGGUCUCUACGAGUGCAUUCUCUGCGCCUGCUGCUCUACCUCAUGCCCAUCUUACUGGUGGAACUCUGAGGAGUACCUUGGCCCCGCCAUCCUUCUCCAGUCUUACCGAUGGCUCGCCGAUUCUCGUGACCAGCGCACCGCCGAGCGAAAGACCAACCUCGAGAACUCGAUGAGCCUGUACCGUUGCCACACUAUUCUUAACUGCACACGAGCCUGCCCCAAGGGCCUCAACCCUGGCAAGGCCAUUGCCGAGAUCAAGAAGCAGAUGGCUUUCGGCAACUAG